AUGUCGAAGUGUGAGCUUUCUACGAAGACCAUCCCAGCAACAUUUGCAUGGUCACUGAUAAUUGUGUGCACUGGCUUGUACUUUGCCUUUGUCUGUAGGUAUAUGACAGAACUCUACAGCUAUGCCUUUCCAAUUGUGCAGGGAGUGAUCACAAUUUUUAUGAUGCUCAAUUUGUGCCUGUCAACUUUUAUGGAUCCUGGAAUAUUUCCUAGAGCCCCAGAUGAUGAAGCCAAAGAUGAUGAUUUCCGCUCGCCACUGUACAAAAAUAUUGAGAUCCGAGGUGUUCCUACACGAAUGAAAUGGUGCACAACCUGCCAGUUCUAUCGGCCACCUCGCAGCUCACACUGUAGCUCUUGUGAUAAUUGUAUAGAUACAUUUGACCAUCAUUGUCCGUGGUUGAACAAUUGCAUCGGGCGUAGGAACUACCGUUACUUUCUGACAUUUUUGCUAACCUUAUGCCUGCACAUAGUGACGAUCCUUGCCCAGUGUGUCUUUUACAUCAUCCAGCAUGAAGAGGACUUGUUACACCCAGGUCCCAUCAUUGUUAUUGUCAUAUCAGUGAUCAUUGUUCUAGUUUUGUUUCCUGUUUUCGGCCUGACAGGAUUUCAUAUAUUUCUAGUCUCCAAAGGUGCCACAACAAAUGAGCAGGUGACAGGAAAAUUUAAAGGUGGGCCCAAUCCAUUCACCAGAGGUUGUAUCAAGAACUGCUGCUAUGUGUUUUAUGGUCCCAGGUGGCCAAAACUUGUUGGCUACACUCCCAAAACUAGAACAAUCAAGGUGGAUGCCACCAAGGUGACUUACAUUGCUGCAGAAACGGAUGUCAACAUCCGCGGAGGGGUCAGCUCCAACGGAAUCCGAACUGUUGGGAAAAACCACUAUGAGUCCCAUAAUGCACUUGAUAGUGAUGACUUCAUGGACAAAGGCAGCCAGUCUGUGGAUUGUGAGCCGUCUCCCCUGGCAGUACGCAAGCGGGGUGGUUCCUACACCAACCUGUUUGACUCCGUCGGCAACCAGCAGCCACAUCCAUCGUCUGGAGCAGCAGUAGCGGCCAGCACCAAUUCCAGCUCUGUCACAGCACCAGUUCCCUCGCAGAACUCUUACGCUGCUCAGUCUAGAAACACUUAUGAUCCUCCCACAAGGAAGGUGAUGCUGGCCAACGUUCAGAAUGGUGGUAGUUUAGGUAGAUACAAAGCCCCGAUUGUCAAAGAGGAAGAGGAUACAAAAUUCCACUCUCUGUCGUCUGUCAACAGCCCUGGUAUUAAAAGAAGUUCAUCGUCCAGUGGAGCUGGUAUCCAGAGUCCAAGCACAGAGAGAACCCUGCCUUCAAGGACAUAUUCCUUGAAACCCUCAACUAGAAGCAACUCUCCUCGCAGUGCAGCAUCACCUCCAUCUCAUCCAGGAGACAGAAGUAAUGGCAGACCUCCCCUGUCACCUCAUUCACCUUUGCCUGUUAGAACUGGUAUGAAAGACCAAAGCUCAUCUUCUGCUCCCUCAGCGUCUCUAGUUAAAGACCGGGCCAGGAAUUUUUACCCGAGUCGAUCGCGGGAGAAUUUAAAUAAAUAUAAAGAGCAGAUGAAACUGGGAGAUAGAACAGGCUCAAGUGACUAUCUUUCCAGUUCCCUAAACAAACCUGGAGGAUCGAGGGAGAAUCUGACCACCUCAGAUGAUAAAUCCAGUAGCCAGUACAACAGUUCAUUAGAUAGAGCAAAAGGAAAUGAGAUCUCUCUCAGGCAGAGUCCCCAGACUAACCCUGUUGGUCAGUACAACAGUUCAUUAGAUAGAGCAAAAGGAAAUGAGAUCUCUCUCAGGCAGAGUCCCCAGACUAACCCUGUUGGUCAGUACAACAGUUCAUUAGAGAGAGCAAAGGGAAAUGAGGUCUCUGUGAGGCCAAGCCCCCAGACUAACCCUGUUGGUCAGUACAACAGUUCAUUAGAGAGAGCAAAGGGAAAUGAGAUCUCUGUGAGGCCAAGCCCCCAGACUAACCCUGUUGGUCAGUACAGCAGUUCAUUAGAGAGAGCAAAAGGAAAUGAGGUCUCUGUGAGGCCAAGCCCCCAGACUAACCCUGUUGGUCAGUACAGCAGCUCAUUAGAUAGAGCAAAAGGAAAUGAGGUCUCUGUGAGGCCAAGCCCCCAGAACAACUCCCUUGGAAGGGACAGAAGCAAAGAUUACACCAGCAGAUCUGUCCCCAAUGAAAGUCAACCAGGAGAUGCUCAUGAAAUUAGAUACAAGAACAAAGAACACUGCCACAGAGAAGGAAGUUUUCCUAGGUGUGAUAGUAGAGACACUUAUCAAAGCUCAUCUCUCAGAAGAAGCUCUGAGGCACAAUCAAAAGAGAGAACUACCCCCAGGGAGGUGGGUCACUAUCCCAGAGCUGGAGACCGCUCCAAAAGUUUUGACUAUGACCCACCUAGAGAAAAAUUGGAUGCGAAAGUCUGGGAGCAGGGUGUCGGAAGAAAUCACACGUUACCAAGAAAGUUACCCGAAGCAUAUCAGAAAGGAUACGGAAACAACAUUAACGUAUACACAGACAGUGGGUCUCAAAUGAAUCAUGUAGCACAAGCUGCUCCAAACUACCAUCAGUUCAACAACACUAGCAAAGGUGGAGUUACCAUCCUUGGGCGCCUGGAUGAAGUGCAGACAGCAUCACCAAGCAACUCUCAUCGGAUAAAUACAUUCAACUCUGCAAAUACUCAUCAAAUGAUGCAUCCAAGCAGCAAUAUUCUCAUCCAGAAACGAUCUCCUUCACCAAGUCCUUCGAUUACAUCUCCCAGUUUCACCAGCCAACCAUCACCGUUGUCUAGAAAACAACUGCCUGACACUGUGUCAAAUAUGCGAGUUUUACCAGUCAGUGACAUCACUGAAAUACGUGAGAAGCGCAUUGGUGAGAGGCUGUGGCGACAGAAUCAGAUCCCUCAUAAAGAAAUCACCAAGGGUGCAUAUGAUGCUUAUGAGGCAUCCGUAUAA